AUGACAGCAUUAGUUUUGAGUUUAUUAUUAUUGUGGGGAUCUUGUGUUGAUGUUAAUUUAUCUGAGUAAUGUGUAUGCGCAGAUCUAAAGAAUAAGAAUGAGUGUCAAGGUAAAUGCUCAUGGGAUAAUAAUGUUUGUGAAGAGAAGAAACCUGAAAGUGCAGCAUCUACUUUUCCAGUUAGUUAGUUAUGUUUGAAUAUAAAAAAGCCAGAUACAGAUUGCGCUAUAACAAUAGGAUGUGCAUAUUAUGAAGAUAAAGAAAAAAAGAUGAUAUGUGAGUAGUUUAGUGGAUGUUAGGCUUACACAAAAACUACAAAUGAUGAGUGUUAGAAGAUAUCAACAGAAUGUACAAGUGAUGGAUAAAUAUGUAUUGAUCCAUUGAAAUGUGAAGAGUAUUAGAAUUAGACUUUGUGUUUGUAGAACAAAAGUAAUUCUGGGACAGGGAAAUGUAAAUGGUCUGAAUAGGAUAAAAAAUGUUAAGAUUAACUGUGUACUGAUGCAUUAGAUAUACUUAAAACAGAUGCUUAAUGCAAUAGAUUCUUACCAGGUUGUAAAACAACAGGUAAAGGAUGUGUAUUAGAACUCUAAACUUGUUCUACUUAUCCAAAAGAUGAUUGUCUAGGUAGAAUAGGUUCUGAUGGUUAUUGUUAAGAAAAGGAUGGUACAUGUUAAAGAAUACCAUGUAGUGAUGCACCUUUAUUUUAACAUGAUAAACAAUGUUAAACAUUUUAAUUGAAUUGUAUAACUAAAGGUAGAGGUUGUACAGAGUCUCCAUUAUAAUUAUGUUCUACAUAUUAAGAAGAGGGAGCUAAUUGUUUGGUUAUGAUAGGUUCAGAGGGUCUUUGUGAAGGAACUCCUGAUCAAAAAGUUUGUAGAGAAAGAUAAUGUUAGAGUUUAAAAGGAACUACAAUUGAAUAAUGUGAUACAUAUAAAAAAGGAUGUUUAACAACAGGAGUAGAAUGUACUGAUAAAUUGGAGUUAUGUUCUACUUAUUCUGAUAAUUGUGAUAUUAGAAUAGGAUCAGAUGGAUUUUGUAAAACUGGAACUUCCACUACUUGUUAAGUAAAAUUAUGUACUGAUGCUGAUGUCAAAUUAAAAACUGAUGAAGAAUGUGCUUCAUUUUAAAAAGGAUGUCUUACAACAGGUUAAGGAUGUAUUAAUAUCAGAAAACCAUGUAAUCAAUAAAAAGGAACCAUAAGCACCUGUGCUUUGAUUGUUGGAUCUGAUGGCAGAUGUAAAGGAACUCAUGAUGUCAACGAAGCCAAUUGUCUUACUGCUUCUUGUUCUGAUGCUCCUAAAGAAUAUAAGACUCAUGAAUAAUGUAAAAUCUUUCAUCCCAGUUGUCUAUCUAAUGGAGCUGGAUGUGAACUUAAAAAUACUUGUUUAUCUACAUCUAGUGAAUAGGCUUGCAAAGGAAUCUCUAAUUGUUUGUGGAAUUCUAUUUGUGUUACUGCCAAAUGUACCUAAUACUCUACCAUCAGUAUCUGUAAUUAAAACAAAGAAGAUGGUUUACCAUGUUUUUGGACUGGAACAUCUUGUAGAUUACUUGAAUGUACCGAUGCUCCUAACACAUACACUACCGAUAAAGAUUGUGAUUUAUUCUUAACUGGUUGUCUUACAACUCUAGCUGGAUGUCUUCAUAAAACAAGUCCCUGUUCAUCCUAUUCUGGAAAGGCAGAUGAAUGUUAGAGUUUUAUAGGAAAUAGUAAAAGAUGUUGGGGCACUAGCAAUACUAACAAAGAACCUUGUUCUGAAAGGUUAUGCAAUUUAGAUACUACUAGUACUACUGAUGAAGAUUGUGAUAAAUUUCAAUUUAAAUGUAAAACUAAAGGAACUGGAUGUAUUAGCCAUACAGAACCUUGUUCAGCAUAUUCUGGAGAUGCUACCACUUGUGCCAAAUACACAGGCUCAGAUGGAAAAUGCUAUAACGAUAUUGGCAAUACAGCAGCAUGUAGAUAACUCUUCUGCAUUGAUAAUACUACUGCUACAACUGAUGAUGAAUGUUCUAAAUUUUUAAUUAAUUGUCUUUAUGGGGGAGCUGGAUGCAUAAAUAAAAUUGAACCAUGCACUAGUUAUUCAGGAUCCUCUACUGAAGCUUGUUCUUAAUUUAAGUCUAAUGGUAAAUAAUGUUGGUGGGAAGCUGGCUCUGCUUGUGUUGAAAAAUAAUGUGCUCAUAACACUACUGCAACAACUGAUAAAGAAUGUUAAGACUUUCUUUAAGACUGUGUGUCAAAUGGUGCAGGAUGUUAACAUUUCUCACUUGAAUGUAAUUUAUAUAAUGGCUCUCAAACUACCUGCAUGACAUUUAAUGGAAAUAAAAAACCUUGUACUCUUAGAAGUUCUUGUUCACAAAAAGCUUGCGAUGAAGUUACAAACCCUACUUCUAAUGCUGAUUGUGUUAGAUAUAUGAAAACUUGUAGAUUUGAUGGUACAAAAUGUAUAAUAGCAUAACCCACUUGUGCUUCUUAUACUGGAGAUAGCACACUAUGUUAAUCUCUCUCUGAUUCAAAUAAUUUAGGAUGUUGGCUUACAACUGGAUCUAAUGGUUCAUGUGUUAAUAGAUAAUGUUCAGAUUUAGGGUCAGCCACUAGUUAAGCAGAUUGUGAUAAUUUUUUAAUAGGAUGUGUAUUUGAUGGAACAUAAUGUUAAUAAAAAUAAAAUAAUUGUGGAGAUUACACUAAUUUUACAUAAGAUGCAUGCAAAUAAGUGAAAACAAUUGGUGGAAAUAAAUGUUGGAAGAAUGAUAAUUCAUAGGGUAAUUGUGAACCAAUAUCCUGUGAUAAUAAUAUUGAUUAACCUUCAGAAGAGGUUUGUGCUUCAUACUUAAGUACAUGUGUGUUUACAGGGACAAAAUGUACUACAAUUUAGAAUUCAUGUACUCUAUAUACUGAUUUCACAAUGGAUGCUUGUAAAGCUGCUAAGAAAGUAGGUGGAGAUAAAUGUUGGGCAGAAGCAGAUGGUAGUUGUAUAGAAAGACAGUGUAGUGAAGUUGUGGCACCCAUAGAUACAGACCUAAAAAAUGAUAAUUGUGUUGAAUAUUUAAAGACUUGUAGAUUAGGGGCGGGUAAUUAAUGUAUAGAAUCAAGAGCUAAUUGUCCAGAUUAUGGACCCUUAUUUCCUGCUGCUGUAUGUAAAUAAAUAACAACAACAAAUGGAGAUUAAUGUUGGAGAGAUGAUUCAGCAGAUGGUUUAUGUGAGCCGGCUAAAAGUUCAUGUAAUUAAUAUUUGAAUGCAACUUAAGAAUUAUGUAAAUAAAUUAAAGAUAAUACUGGUAAAUUCUGUUGGAAACCAGCACCUGGAAAUGGAGCUUGUGAAGAUAGAAAUUGCUCAAAUUCAAUACUAAAUAUUAGUUAAUCUAACUGUUUAUUACAUCUUUAAUCAUAUACUUCUACAACAUAAUGCACUUAUUCAGGAGUAGGAUAAACUUGCAUAUUAUUACAAGAUGAUUGUUAGAAAUACACUGGUUUUACUUAGCAAGCAUGCAGAAGUGUAUUAACUACUGAUAAUAAAAAAUGUUGGAAAACAGCUGCAGGAAUAGGAAUUUGUGAAAAUCGAACUUGCGAUUAAAAUGUCAUUAAUCCAUCAUUUCAAAAUUGUUAAGCUCAUUUAGACAUUUGCACAUUUAAUGGUUAGACAUGUUAAAAAAAAGAGGAUUACUGUGCUAGUUAUACAAAUAUGUCUCAAGAACAAUGUUAAGUAAUUAUAUCUAAUGUAGAUGGAAAAUGCUGGUCAUAAACAACUGGAAUAGGUUCUUGUAUAAAAAGAACAUGUGAUCAUAAUACAACAUCUAUUUCUGAUUUAGUAUGUGAUGAUUUUCUUAGCGGAUGUGUAACAAAUUCAAAAGGAUGUGUUUUAUCAACAAAUGCAUGCUCAACUUUUAGUGGUACAACAAGUUUGUGUAAUUCUUUUAAUGGGUGUAAAAGAGAUGAAAGUACUGUUGGUAUUUGUGGAGUGAGAAAUUGUUUAGAUGAUUAAGAUUCAUUAACUGAUGAAAAUUGUCAGAAAUUUUUAGAUGGAUGUGUUACUAAAGGUUAAGGAUGCAUUUCAAAGACUGAACCAUGUACAUCAUAUUUGGGAAACAGAGAUACUUGUAAGAAAUACACAGGAAAUGGAAGACGCUGUUGGAAUACUUUAGAUGCUACAGAAAGAACUCCAUGUGUUGAUAGAUUGUGUACGGAUAAUGAUUACAGUACAACAGAUUUAGAUUGUGAAGCCUUUUAAUUUGGAUGUGUAACUAGAGGAACUGGAUGCAUAGAUAAAUCAUUACCUUGUUCCAAAUAUUUAGGUACCUAAUAAACUUGUGCUAAUUUUAAAGGAUUAAAUGGUGUUAAGAAAUGCUGGAAUGUCAUUACUGCUGUUUCAACAUCAAUUUGCAUUGAUAGAUUAUGCACUCAUAAUGCUAAAUUAACAACAGAUAAAGAUUGCGAUUAAUUCUUAACAGGUUGUGUUACCAAAGGUACUGGUUGUGUUAAUAGAUAAUUAUGUAAAAACUUUUUAGGAACAGUCAAAACUUGUCCAAAUUUCUCUGCUAUUGAUAAACCUUGUAAAGGAGUAAGCAAUGUUGUUGCUUCUUGUGAAUCAGUUAAUUGUUAUGAAGCUCCUAAUACUGCUGAUUCUGAUGUAGUUUGUGAUAAAUUUAAAUCUGCUUGCUAAACUACUGGAUUUGGAUGUGUUGCUAAUGUUACUUGUGAAGAUAUUUAAACUAAAGCAAUUUGUUAAGCUAAUCCCAACUGUGCACAUACAUCAAAUUGUAGAGAACUACAAAAUGAUUGCUCUAUAUUCAGAAACUAGAGUCAGUGUGUUAAUACACCAGUUUAGGGAACUUCUACAAAAAAAUGUUCUUGGAAUUAUGAAGCAGGUAAAGGUGUAUGUGGAAAUUGGAAAUGUACAGAUGCUUCUAAAACAAUAACAACUCAUGAUGGUUGUAAAGCACUACAUUCGAGUUGUACUACUUAAGGAAAUGGUUGUAUUGAAAUAAGUGCUUGCGCUAAUUAUAACACUUCAAUUAUUUGUUAAGCAGCUAAAACAACAGAUAAAGGAGACACUUGCAUUUGGGAUAAAACUGUAUGUAGAGCCAAAAAAUGUUCAGAUGCAUCUAAAGCUUUUAAAACAGAUGAAAAAUGUAAAGCAUAUUUAUCUAAUUGUUUAACCACAGGGUAAGGUUGUGAAUCACCACCCUUCACUUGUGAUAAAAUUGUCACAUAAGCUAGAUGCACUGUUGAUACCUUAUUAAAACCUUGUAUUUGGUAGAAUGAUGGAAAAUAAUAAUGUAUUUCAUAUAAAUAAUGUUCUGAUUAUUCUAGAACAACUUUUGAAGAAUGUCAAAAAUUUGGAGAAAAAUGUAUAAGUGAUGGUACAACAUGUUUAUCUAUUACACUAUGUGAAAGAUAUAAAAAUGAAAUUAGUUGUAUUUAUGGAACUGAUGGAGUUUGUGGAUGGUUACCUCAAAAUGGAUCAGAUCCUUCAAAAUGUGUUCUAUUUAAAGAAUGCAAACAAGCUACAAGUUCAGAUAAUGCUACUUGUGGUUUAUUUUCAAAUUCAUGUACUAUAUAUAAACAUUCAACAUGUUCUAAAUUACCUAUUUGUAUUAGUGAUGGUAAAUAAUGUUUCCCAAAAGGAAAAUGUGAAAGUUAUUUAACUGAGUUAGCUUGCGCAAAUAUGGGUGAUGAUGGUAAAUGCUUUUGGGAAGUAAAAGAUUCCAAAACAAAGUGUAGAUUAAGAGAAUGUACUGAUGCUACUGUUUAGAAUGCUAAUAAUAUUGUAACACAUUAAAGUUGUAAUGCAUUUUAAGCUAUUAAGUAAUGUACUACUAAUAGCACUGGAUGUAUAGAUAUGAAUAAAUGUGAUAAAUAUGAUAAAAACAGUUGUUUCAAUGGAACAGAUGGUGAAUGCAUUUUCGAUAAAGAAAAAUGUAGAAUAAAAAUUUGUUCAGAUUACAAAGAAAUAACAUCUGCAGCAUGUAAUCUUAAAUUAAAAGGAUGUAUUUCUGAUGGUACUGUCUGUCUAAGUUAAUCAAAUUGUGCAUCAUAUAAAACUAAAGUGGCUUGUCAUUCUAAUGGAACUGAUGGAAUAUGUGUAUGGAAUGAAGUCAAAAAUUAAGAUAAUACACUAACAUCUACUUGUAAACUUAUGAAAAAAUGUGAAGAUGCACAUCAAGAUAAAAUAGCUUGUGAAUUCAAAAAAUAAACUUGUUAAUAUAUCACAGAUACAAAUAGUAAAAUCAAUUCAUGUAUUUCUCAUACUUGUUUAUCUUUGGCUGUUGGAACAAAUUGUCUUCCUAUAUAUUCUGUUGAUUCAAAAACAGCUACAAUUUGUGUUCCUAAUAAAAUUAAAUCAGAUAAUAAUUCAACAACAGGUACUAAUUCAACAACAGGUACCAAUUCUACAACAACUACAAAUUCUACUUAGAAUAUUAAUUUACCAUGUAUAAUAGGGGAUCCUACUUAAUUAGAAUUGACUUAUUGUUAUACUUAUAGUGCAUAUACUUAUACAUUUGAUUAAUAGAAUUCUAAAUGUACUAGAUGUAGUAAAACAGCUACAACGAAUUCAUCAUCAAAUACUACUCAACCUAGUUCAAAUACGACUGAAGAUGAUAGUAGUGUAAUCAUAUCCAUUGUAAGUAUUUUUAUUAGUUUUAUUGCAUUGUGA